GGAAUACAAGUGUCAGUACGACUGCAAGCACUCUCUGUCGGAUUCUCAAUUCCGAUUACAUUUCGCAACUUGACAAAAGGAAUGCUGGGAAACUUCAAUGGCAACAACAGCGACGAUUUCAUUCUCCCCAGCGGUGAAAUACUCAGCAAUAAUUUAAGUGAAAGUGAAAUAUUCUACAAUUUUUCCCAAAAAUGGCUGGUCACAGAUAGGAACAUGUCGGUGAUGCACUACGAGCCUAAGAUGGGACCUAGCGACUACUCUCACCCUGAGUUCAUACCAGUGUUUCUGGAUGAAGCACACACCACAGACCAAUCCAACGCUGUUAAAGCCUGUGGAGCAGACAACAAGCCCUGCAUCUACGACUACAUCGCAACCGGGAAACAGGACUUCGCCCUCGAGACGUCCAGUCUUCGUAACCAGUCCGAGACCAUCCUCAGGCAGAUCAAGAACUCGUUGCCAGUCAUCUCGACUCCUCAGAACGUGACUGUGAAGCAAAAUCAGACAACACAGUUCACUGUCAGAGCCCGGGAUGCCGAUGAUGAUGAAGUGACUAUUCAUCUGGUUGAAGAGCACAGCAACGUCUUGAAAAUAAAUUCCUCAAAUGGAAUGGUGACUGUGUCCCUUACAACAUUCGAAAGCAUUCAGAUAAGUGUGUACGCUGUUGACUCACAAGGAGGACGGUCUCCUUCCACGUCUGUUCCUCUCAUAGUCUGCUCCGGCUGCAGCGGUCACGGCAAGUGCAAUGAGGCGAAAACUAGACAGUCCACAGGUACUUUUUACUUCCGGUACGCGAUUUGCGAGUGUCAGCCGGCAUGGACUGGUGAUGACUGUCAGCUCGACAAAGACGGGUGCGCAGUUAACCCCUGCCACCCACUACAGAACUGCACGGACAUUGCGGCGGAGAAACAAGGCAAUAGCGACAUCGGGUACAACUGCAGCACGUGUCCUCAAGGUUUUGUUAACAAUGGCCUAACCUCGUGCUCCGAUGUAAAUGAAUGCAAUGAUAAAAGUUUUCACCAUUGCGAAAUGUUGUGCGAAAAUACUUAUGGAAGUUACCUGUGCUACUGUCAGCAGGGGUACCGCCUGAACAACGAUAACCGUACUUGUAGUGACAUCAAUGAGUGUACAGAACACAGUGACGACUGUCCACAGACAUGCCUCAACAUCGACGGUGGUUAUCGAUGUGCUUGUGAAGAGGGUUACAUCUACGACGAAGCUACCAAAAAAUGCAACAAAGAUCUUUCUGUACAAGAUGUUUGUCAGUCCAGUAGCUGCUCACAGAAUUGCAGAGUAAAACAGGAUCCUUCUAUCAACAGCAGCAUCCCAGAAUGCUUUUGUGACUCAGGCUAUGAGCUGGAUUCUAAGGACAAUCAGACGUGUAAAGACCACGAUGAAUGCAAUGACAGUAUCUGCACCCAGGUAUGCACAAACACCGAUGGUAGUUUCUCCUGCUCGUGUAACAGAGGUUACACGUUGAAUGACGAUGGAAGAACCUGUUCUCCCUGUCCACACCUGCACUAUGGCGUUGGGUGUCACGAGGUCUGUCGAUGCAGCGGUCGCGGUAAAGACUGCGACAAGGUUCGGGGCUGCAUAUGCCAAGAUGGAUGGACUGGAAGUCAGUGCCAAGAUGACAUAGACGAGUGUGCAGGGAAUUCAAGCAUUUGUGGACAAGAGCGUAUUUGCAUCAAUAAUCUUGGUUCUUACACAUGCCUUUGCCGUCUUGGGUACCAAGAUGACGGACAAGGAAAUUGCACUGAUGUCAACGAAUGUACAGCUAAGUUCCCGUGCGAGGAGCUUGAAGAAUGUUACAAUACACCGGGUAGCUAUUACUGUUCCUGUAUCAAAGGCUACAUGAAAGUUGGUGAUCACUGCACUGACGUCGACGAGUGUCAGUCCAAAAGAGCAGGAUGUCAACAUCUGUGCAUCAACGUCCCUGGUUCGUUUAACUGUCAGUGCAGAUACGGCUACCAACUUCAAACAGAUAGGAAAAAAUGUGUACAAGUUCAGGAUGUGUGUUCUGCUUUCAACAUGACAAUCUGUUCACACGGCUGCACACUUGACGAAUACGACAAUCCAGUCUGUAUCUGUGACAUCGGUUUCGAUCUUACUCCAGAUCACAAGAAUUGUACAGACAUUGACGAGUGCACUCUGGGGCAGUUUAACUGUUCUCAUACCUGCAACAAUACAAUUGGAGGAUUUGUCUGCUCUUGUCCACUUGGAAUGAAACUUGAUCAGGACGACCGCACCUGUACAAAUUGUACACCCGGAACAUAUGGUGAAGGAUGCGCCCACGAGUGUGCGUGUGGAGCUGGGUCCGAUCAUUGUGAUGUCAGAACAGGUUGCGUUUGUAAAGAUGGCUGGACGGGAGACAAGUGCACGCAGGACAUAAACGAAUGUCAAAAUAAUUCCACCAUGCAGCAGUGCGCAGGUGAAAAAAAAGUAUGUGUCAACAUUCCUGGAAGCUACAGAUGUGAAUGUCCAAGAGGGUUCUUUGAAGAUGUCAAUCACACCUGCACAGAUAUUGAUGAAUGUGAGAAGAAUUCAUGUGAUCAAGACUGCAAGAACACAAUCGGUAGCUAUCAGUGCGGCUGUAGAGCUGGAUUUGUGUUAAACCAAACGACAAAUAGGUGCAAUGAUGUGGAUGAAUGUUCGGACCACAACGUAAGCCGAUGUUCCCAGGAAUGUCACAACACACCUGGGUCAUACCGCUGCACCUGUAAAAACUCCGGCUACAGCCUGGACAACGAUGGCGUCACGUGUACAGACAUAAACGAGUGUAACAACGGACUCGCACGGUGCACUGAUAUCUGCAACAACACAGACGGAGGGUAUGUCUGUAGCUGCCCCACUGGUAAGAAGCUGGAUGCCGAUGGGAAGACUUGCAAGACUUGUCCAAAUGGUACCUACGGUGAGAAUUGCACCCACACCUGUCACUGUGGACGAGGAACCGAGCGCUGUGACAAUAUAAUAGGUUGUGUGUGUAGACCUGGCUGGCAAGGCACAGACUGUGACACAGACAUCGACGAAUGCCUCAACUCACCUUGCAGCCAAGAAUGCCACAACACCAACGGCAGCUACAACUGUACCUGCUACAGCGGAUAUCAGUUUAACACGACACUCCAGGACUGUGAAGAUAUCGACGAAUGCCUCAGCUCACCUUGCAGCCAAGAAUGCCUCAACACCAACGGCAGCUACACCUGUCCCUGUAACAGUGGAUAUCAGCUUAACACGACACUCAAUGACUGUGAAGAUGUGAACGAAUGCCUCAACUCGCCUUGCAGUCAAGAAUGCCACAACACCAACGGCAACUACACGUGUACCUGUUUCAGCGGAUAUCAGUUUAACACGACACUCCAGGACUGUGAAGACAUCGACGAAUGCAUCAACUCAACUUGCAGCCAAGGAUGUCUCAACACCAACGGCAGCUACAGGUGUACCUGUAACAGCGGAUAUCAGUUUAACACCACACUAAAGGACUGUGAAGACAUAAACGAGUGUACCAACGGACUUGCACGGUGCACUGGUAUCUGCAACAACACAGACGGAGGGUAUGUUUGUAGCUGCCCUGCUGGUGAGAUGCUGGAUGUGGAUAGGGAGACUUGCAAGGCUUGCCCAAAUGGUACCUACGGUGAGAAUUGCACCCAGACCUGUAACUGUGGACAAGGAGCGGAACGAUGUGACAAAGAGAUAGGUUGUGUGUGUAGACCUGGCUGGCAAGGAAACACUUGUGACACAGACAUCGACGAAUGUCAGAACCAGAAUGUCACAGACAACUGCACUCUGACACACGCGGUCUGUGUCAACAGUCUUGGUGGAUACAAGUGCGAGUGUCACGUGGGCUUUUCGAGAGACCAAUUUGGAGUCUGUGAAGAUAUCGACGAAUGCCUCAGCUCACAUUGCAGCCAAGGAUGCCACAACACCAACGGCAGCUACACCUGUACCUGUCACAGCGGAUUUCAGUUUAACACCACAAUCAAAGACUGUGAAGAUGUGGACGAAUGCCUCAACUCGCCCUGCACCCAGCUAUGUACCAACAUCGAUGGAGACUACUAUUGUUCCUGUAGCAGCGGAUACAUGCUUGUGGAAAAUGGGAAAUGCGAAGCCAUCACCAGUAUUGCUCUGACUAUUUCUAUAAACAUUGUUGUCAAUGUAUCUGACCUGGUAAAUGAGAAGAGCAAUGAAUACCAGAAAUGGAACGAAUCUGUCACGAAUUCGCUGACGCAGUACUUCAGUACAAAUGUUGUCGGGUUCAUGUCCUUCGUUGUCACCAAACUCAGAGCUGGAAGUGUCAUUGCUGACGGUCUUGUCACUGCAAAGAGCAGUUCUGUUGGAUCAUUGACUGUCGCCAUGCUCCAUCUGACCGGAAGCCGGCUGACCAUCAGCAACCAAACUGGCGACGUGCAAGUUGCGGUCCAACAGAAACUUGCUCAGUCUAAGUCCAAAUGUGAGCUCUUUGAACUCAUCAGUCCUUGUGGAGAAGGAACGGAAUGUGACUCUACUGCAGAAGUGCCUAUAUGCAGGACCGUGGAAAAUUCGAGAUCAUGGGUUCUGAUUACCUCUCUUGCUGUUGGCAUUCCUGCUGGUAUCUGCCUGGUGCUGAUCGUGUCAUGUUGUCUUGUCAGACACAAGCGCAAAACCUCCAAAAGAGCAGAAAACAACACUUCCACUGAAGAGAUCCCAAGAAGUCGCAGUUCCAGUCAGGCUCACGCCUAUGACACUCUUCAGCCAGCAUUUUCAACAAUACCAAGAGUAAGAUUGACAUAAUGACGACUAAGAGUUUUGCUUGAAUAAUCCUGCACCUGGAAGUUCAUUUCAAUAAAUUUGUGGUUUUUAUAGCUUAGUAUUCUUCAAAAUAUUAUUUGUUUAGUAUUUAGUAUGUCAGAUUGCAAAAACCAGCAAAAUUUAUCAUCAUACAUACAAGAUACUUUUUAAAUAACACUGUUAGUAAAUUAUGUACUGUCGGGUAUCAUACAAAAUGAAAAUAUAAAAAUAUAUAGCUGCUUUUGUUGAUAUAAAUUGGCUUUUUAGCAUGUUCUCCUGCUUUUACAAUGCUCACAGACGGAUAUCUACAGAGCAGGUCAAAAGGAGCUAACAAAUCAAAUUUGACGCUAAAAUACAGUUUUUAAUAUAAUUACUUAUUAUAGCACAUAAUCAUACAGGAUCUUUAAAAAGACCGUGUGAUGCUUCUGUGAGUUUUCGUUGUUCUUCAGAUCAAUUUUAUCGUCAAAGUUAUCUGUGUUAUUUAUAAGUGACAUUGACUUUGAAAAUGAAAUAAAUUAUAGAUGAAUUUAUCUUGAAUAAAUAGAGAGAUGUGUAGAGGAAAACCGAACAGAUGAGUAAGACUUAACAAUAAGCACUGUAAAAAACAAAUUGUGUUAUAACUUCUGUAGAAUGUAUACACGUGUACAUAUAGGGCGGUGAACAAACUGAACUGUUGCGUGUUUUAUGUUUCGAGGCCAA